AUGCUAAUAGGCGACUAUAAUGCCAAAGUUGGAAGAGAACCUGGAGAUGAACAUCUAAACAAAAUUAUCGGCAAAUACGGUCUGGGAAAAAGAAAUGUUAGAGGAGAAAGACUGCUGCAAUUCUGCACUGAGAACAACUUUUUCAUCACAAACACGGGGUACGAACAUCAUUCAAGACGACUAUACACCUGGACCUCACCUGGAGGCCUACAUAAAAACCAGAUAGACUACAUCCUAGUAAAAUCCAGAUGGAGGACUUCAGUAAGGAAUACCAGGACUUACCCAGGAAAGGACUGUCACAGUGACCAUCAGUUUCUCGCAGCAGAGCUCCGCAUAAAAUUAAGCAGAUCGCAGCCUAAUAAAACCUUUAGGAAUUGGUCGGGCCUUAAACAUAAUGAAAAUUUCAGAUCAAAGGCUAAAGCAGAAAUCUCCAAAAUAAAUUCACAUACGCAAUCAGACGAUGACUCUAACUCAUUGUGGAACAAAACAAAAACUGCACUGCUAAAAGUGGCAUUACAAACUGAAGCUUCUGUGAAACAGAGGAGGAAAGCAUGGAUUGCAGAAGAAACCUGGAAGAAGAUUGAAUCGCUGAAACAACUCAAGGCCACGGGCUUACACAGACAUGAAGAUAGAGAACAAUAUAGCAGGCUCAACCAAGAUAUCAAACACCAGUGUAGAAAAGACAAAAACAAGUACCUAAACGAUAUAUGCGCCGAAGCUGAGCAACAUUCGCACAACAACGAAUCAAAAGACCUGUUUAACAAAAUCAAGCACAUUACACGCACGUUCAACUCAAAAUCCUGGGCGAUAAGAUCCGAAGCUGGUAAAUUAAUAACAGACAAAGCAGAGAUAAAGGAAAGAUGGAAGAACUACUGCGAAAAAUUAAUGGAAGACACUGGAAACUCAAACAAUGACACAGAAAAAAGCACAUACAAUGGAAAAGAACCUCCCAUACUGAAAGAAGAAGUAAGGACAGCAAUUACCAAGCUGAAGUCCAACAAGUCGCCUGGAGAGGAUGGCAUUGUUGCUGAAAUGCUAACUGCACUUGAGGAAACAGGAGUGGAAUUGUUUCAUAGGAUCUGUCAAAUGAUAUGGGACACCGAUAUUUGGCCCGAUGAUUGGACGAAAUCGGUCUAUGUGCCAAUACACAAGAAGGGACCGAAGGACAUCUGCGAUAAUUAUAGGACAAUAGCUCUAAUCUCACACGCUAGCAAGAGCAAGCCGGCUUUGUCCCGGGACGCGGAACUAGAGAGCAGAUACUAA